UCAGCCCGACCUCCUCAACUUGGAACCCAAUGGAGGAGGGGGGCUGCGGCGGGGAGGCGGGGCUGGGCGGUGGCCGCUAUAAAGAUGCCGAGGCGGCAUCCGCGGCUAUUGUUCGACAGGGAAGGCAGUGCGUGAGGUGGACGCGGCCAGAGAUUGAACUGAAAUGGCAGACAAACCAGACUUCAGUGAGGUGGCUUCCUUUGACAAGACCAAAUUGAAGAAAACGGACACACAAGUGAAGAACACACUCCCCACAAAAGAAACUAUUGAUCAGGAGAAGAAAGGAGAGAGCAGCUAGUUGCUGAAAUUAUACUGUAUCCAUGGCGGAGGGAAUCGCUCGGUUUUAUUUCGAGAAAUGAAUUCCAAUUCUUACUGUGAACUGAACUACUGAAGGGGCAGAGCGUUGCUAAAUGACUGCUGGUUCUGAUACCUUUUGGACCAUGGCUGUGAUUUAUCCAGUGUUGUAAAGGAAAUGAAUAAAAAUUCAAUUUGCACAAUA